GGGUGGCGAUGGUGAGGAUAGCGGCUGGAUGUGUAUUGUGUGUGGUGUGUGAUCGCCGAGGCGUAGCGCUGCGUUGUUUGUUAGAGAGUAGGUAGACUGUACAAUGAAUGUUCGAUCAAGCAUAACCUAUACUCUACCUACACACAGAGGCUGUGGAGCUGUCUGUAAAAACAUGGACAAAACCAUCGAAAUACGACACAAUUGUACGGAGGUGUUCGAUUAAUCUGCUGUCAGACAUGGAGCAGUGUUUUUAUGUACCUGUCAGUUAUAUCAUUGUGUAUGAUUAUACUGUACUGAAUAACAUUUCCUCUUUUGACGCGGUGGACACAUAACAUUAAGUGUCACAGGCAUGUUCACUGAACGAAUCGUCGGUUACUUCAUUGACCGGUGUUGGAUAUCUGCGGAGAAAUCUACUGGAUGAUGUCACCUUCGAUCUGAUUGGGGUACACAAACAUUUGAUAACAGUAAUUUCGUACAUGUUUAAGUUUCUAAAGUUUAAAAAACAUUUGUAGUAAGCCUUUUGGAACUUGAAUUUAUUAAUGAUUUGUAUGAUUGCUGAGGCUUUUGUCCGAUGUUAUUUCUAAAGGUUAGAAUUAAGUCCUAAUAGAUUACUACUGAACCGAUUGAGCGACCAGGCCAGGAACUUUAAAGACAGCCGAUACAGCCUGAUUACCUGGGUGGACUUCCUAUAGGGAUGAGAAAAGCCAUGCUCUGGUAACUUACAAACAAAACCAGGGAUGUAUGUCUCUUCCUAGAUCACCUUAUGGAAUCUUGGCAAUGUUUACAUUGUACGGGACCCAACUUUUUAAUUUCAAUUUUAUCUGUGCUGUGACAUGACAUCGCUGUGUAGGGCCAGGCUGUAUAUAUGGAAGCACAGGAGAGGAUAAUGAGUAAAGUUAGUGAUCUCUGCCUCUAAUCUGGUGAUCUUUUGUUGGAAUUGACUGACAGCUGAACAGGUACUAAGGAUUAUGUUAUUGUAAGGAUGACAUUGGCCGUGGAGGGUCAGCAACAGUGUGUCCUCCAUUUUUCCCAUUGUGACAUCAAUAGCCAGUACCUCUCGCGAUCUCCAUUGUCACUUACCUGUUUUUCUGUGGAUAUUCUUUAUUGUGUGUGGAUAUCUUUAGAAAUCUUAGUGCACUUCCGUGCUGAAGCGGUGGAUAUUUUUUAAAGACUUAUAAGUGCACUUCCAUUGUGUAACGGGAUAUACAUGUAAAAAUUAAUUAACUGUGCUUUACAAAGAAUAUACAGACUGUUACAGGAAGGUGAGAAAACUUUGUUCACAGUGAGUGACUGUCACAUACUGUACUGGACCAGGUCAAGGUUGGAUGUGUUCUCAGUGUGGUGGUACCUGGUGGCUAUAAUGUGACCAGUCUCUAGUGGAUCACUUUUAAACUUCUGUAGAAUUAUCUUGUUUGUAAUCAUAAUGGAUAUUGGUGUGGUUUAGAUGGGUUUAAUGGAUGACAAUACCGAAGUGGAUAUACAUUUCCUGACUUGUGUGCCCUGAGGAAUUUAUAACCAGGCAUCAACAUACUGUUUUUCGCACUAUUCUAGAAUCUUAAUAUUUAUAACGACACUGGUGACAUUCACCGGGUGACCACUGCAAGUAUCGUCAUGAGGAAAAAGACAGAUUAUUUUACAAGUUAACAGAGAUAGGAAUCAAAUACUACCAGAGGAAUCUGUAUACAGGCACAGAAAAGGGAGGAGGGAUGUAGUUGUGUAUUCCUGGAGAUGUGAGACAGACAAACUCGGUAAAAUUCAUCAUGGAUAUGGAAUCCCAGGAUACAGUGUCCCCGCUCCCAUCCCUGCCAGGGCGCUCCUACAACUACAAACAUGUCAUACUUCCCUUCAGUCGGCGGACCAAUGUGACCUUGGACAUGCCGCGGGGCAGUGACAGCUCCCUCAGUCAGGUCAGCAUCGGCAGCCAUGGUAGUUCCCAAGGGAGCUAUGCAAGCCAGGGCUCAACACGAGGACGCACAGAGGACCCACCAGGCUUCAACGCCCCCUACCAGGGGGCCGAGGCGUGGUGGAGUGUAGGAGGGUUCCUAGAACAGGGACUGACCCACCAAAGUGUCGGCCUGUCUCUCCACAAACAUGGAGAUGAGGAAACAUGGGAUCUCUCAGACUCUCUGGCUGAUCUUUACCACGAGGUCAAUAAACGGGACAAGGAAUCUCUUGACCAAUCAAAUGAGGAGGAAGAAGAACCAGACAAUAACAACAAGGCAUACAGUAUUGACAAACAAUGGAUAGACCAAGAUACGAGUAACGGAUUCAUACGUGUGUUUGAUUCAAACUCCGAAUCCUCAAGACUUUACCCAUCCACGUUGUCAACAACUGCUCAGAAAAUAUGUCUUCAGUGUGGGAGACCGCCAAACUCCCUCCAUAUUCAGUUCAAUGGGGACAUCAUCCGAAGGCUUGAGCCUUUUGAUUGUCCACUGGCUCUACAAAAUGAGUACCUACAGAAAAUUGGGUACAGGGAUAUUCACAAAAUACAGGAAAUGGGAUCUAACGACAGCAUACCAUGGCUUGUCAAAUUCUACGCAGGGAAACCUAUUUCUGACAGUACAUACUCACGGAAUCAGCUGUCAGCAUAUGCCAUGGUAAGAAAGGGGAAGCUACUCCACCAGUGGGUCCGGCGACUUUGUGUGGUGUCCGGCACUCGGCUUCAAAUAUAUAGGGAUAAAAAUAAGAAUUCCAAACCAACUGUUGUGCAAUUAGCCAAGGGAUCUGUGGAAGAGGUCCAGGUCAAAGGUCAUGACCUCUGCUUGAAGUUGACCUCUACGCUUCAAGGCGACAGAUCAGUGUAUCUUGCAUUUGCUGAUGACAAUACCUACUCAAAAUGGAUCAGGAAAACAAAAAAGGCGACAGCCAAGCUGCCGUCUAAGGCAGAUUUGUCAAACUGCCACCUGGAGUUCCUUCCAGAGACUGUGUUCAUCAACGAAGACCUACGCAUCCUCAACCUCCGGCACAAUGCCCUCAAAGAGCGGCCGAUAGAAGAGGACAUAUACACCAUCGGCUGGCUUGACGAUCUUCCUAGAUUUAGUAACCUGAAAAGUCUCAACCUGGCAGACAACGACCUCCAAUGUUUCCCUAUGGCUGUGUGCAAGAUGAGGACGCUGACAGAACUGAACGUGGCCAGUAACAAAAUCAUGGAGAUUCCGACAGAAAUCACCGACCUGACCAACUUACAGAUGCUGCAUGCUCAUAACAACCACCUGACGUCUCUCCCCGACAACAUGGUGGAAAUGAGGUCACUCAAAGUGAUUGUCCUGGCCUUCAAUCACUUUACCACAGUCCCAGAGAUCCUGCUGGAGUCCCAUCAGUCUUCGUUCCACCAAAACCUGGACAGUGUUAUCAUGGCUGGUAACCGGGUGGAAAGAAUACCCUACGAAAUUCUCAGUAAAUUGAGGCACGUGAAAAAAAUAGACCUGCGCAUGAAUUCUCUGACAUUAUUACCCAGUGAAACGGCCAAAUUCCACAUUUUGGAAAACGUGACUCAUCUCGAUGUACGAGACAACCACAUUCCUGACUUGGAUGUUCGGUCACUGAAAGCGUUGGAGUAUUUAAACUGUGAGAGAAACGCAAUGCACACGCUGCAGAUCAACGGAAUGUCUUUAAAAAAUCUUUUUGCUUCAAAAAAUGAACUGGAAACAUUUUCCAUCAAUCCAAAACCAGAAUAUCUAGUCAACUUGGAAAUAGCUCGCAAUAAAUUAAAGGUGCUACCCUCAUGGGUUUCUGAGUGUUUCUUUCUGGUGAAGCUCGAUGCCAGCCACAAUAGACUACGUCGACUCCCUGGCAAACUGUUUGUAAACGCCCAAAAGUUGAAGAUACUGAUGCUCGGCCAUAACCGCCUGACCGAGUUGCCGUUGGAGAUGGAGUCUACGGUGAUUGAAGAGCUCCACCUACAACACAAUGACCUCACGGACCUUCCUCAACAACUCCUCUGUCGCGCGUCCAGACUGCGGUACCUGAACGUGACAAUGAACAAGCUUCAGGAUAUGCAACUGUUCUCACACACUGAAGGCGUGAACAGGAUGCAGGAGCUGUACAUGUCGGGUAAUCAGCUGGGGAAUGCUGCGCUGCCCUUUGCCUGUACCUUCCCACGACUCAAGGUGCUUCAUGUAGCUCACAACAACAUCACCGAUCUCCACAGCAGGGAUAUCAUUAGACUAGAGGUUCUACAGGAGCUGAAUAUAUCGGGUAACCUGUUACGUUCCCUCCCGUCGGCUGUGUGUAAACACCCCAAGUUACAGUGUCUCAGGGCCAAUGCUAACCUUCUCAAGGAUCUUCCAGACUUCAAAAAGUCACCCAACCUCAAGAUACUAGAUGUAGGAUCUAAUCGUCUCUCCGAGUUACCUGUCAGCAAACUGAUGGGAUCUCAAGUAAACCUGCUGGACAUCUCCGGUAACCCUAACUUGAUGUUGGACAGUGGCGAGCUCAAGGGCAUCAGCAACUGGAAGAAAAUCAGUAUGGUUGACAUGAGGGGACAGAACCGCUCUCUGCUUGAUCUGCGACAAGCCCCGUUUGAUGAUGUGAACCAGCCAUGGCAGUCAGGACUGUCUCAAACCUCGGGCAUGAGAAACAAGCUGUCUGUUGCCAUUGUGAACAAGCCUAAGUUCACCAAUGAAGUGGAGGGAUUGUUUGGGAUGUUUGACGGUGGCCGAAAUGAUGAAGUGACCAAGAUCCUAGGGGAGGUAAUCUGUGACACCAUGCUGGAUGAGUCGAAGACGAUGACGUCACAGAAACACUGUAUGAAGUACACCAUGCUGGCUGCACAUGCGAAGCUAAGGAGCACAGGUCAGAAGGUCGGAGCUGCAGCGGCUCUAUGUCACAUUAAGAAGGUCUCAGAUGGGGUUAACACACAUCACCUGCUCAAUGUGGCCAAUGUCGGGGACACAGAGAUUGUCAUCAGUCGGAGCGGUGAGGCUGUCACUCUGUCCCGUCUCUUCCUGAUCCAGUCAGACACUGAGGAGUGUCAACGAAUCUGCAGAUCAGAUGGCAUCAUCACAGAAGAUGGGCGUGUGAGUGGGGUAACAUUCAACACGAGACUGCUUGGCUGUACAUAUCUAUACCCACAUGUCCUACCCGACCCCCAUCUCGCCAGCAUCAACCUCCGACAGGACGACCAGCUCAUCAUCAUCGCAAACAAUGGUCUGUGGAAGUACAUGUCAUACCAGGAGGCUGUUGAUGAAAUCAUUGACAUACCCGACCCUGUUCGGGCGGCCAAACGCCUCCAGGACCUGGCUCAGGGGUACGGGUCUAAGGAAAGCAUUGGGGUCCUAGUUAUCAGGCUUCUCCUGUCUGACGCUGAACGUCUCAGGAUGAAAAACAUCCUUGAAGAACAAUUUAAAUAUGAGCAAGAACUUUUGAGUGAGAUUGCCAAAAGAGAUGCGGCUCGGGAUGCGGAGAGGCGUAAAAGGAAGGCGAGAAAAGCUCAGGAGGAAGAUGCUGUGCCAAUGGACAUUUUUAAAUUACGAGAGACAAAACGGCCCAACAGAAAACAAAUCACGGAGGUGUUCAACAUGAACGACGGUUCAGAGGAAAGUGGAGAAUAUGUCAGUCUGAAAAGUAUGAGUUCAGAAUCGAAUAGUAGCUCUGUGAAUUCCACCAAUUGGGAAUCUCUGCUGCAGCAACGGCUGACAAGCGAGGUGAAGGACAAAGAGAUAGAAAUGGUGUUUGGGGAAGACUUGGACCCAGAGUUUGGUCCAGGAAUGGACCAAGUGGAUUCUAAUUGGGUACAGCAGGGAGGCAAAUAUCUUGGUGACAAUGCCUACCACCUGGGUAGGGAAAUCGUGAAAGCUCCUUCUCCAUGUGUUGGUACAACACCCAAGUAUGAACCAUUCAUGGGCCCUGUAUCAAGGCAAGUCUCGGUAGAAUCUGUUGAGUUUCAAAAGGAAUAUAAUCAACCAUUUAAUAUAGACAGGGAUGCCAUAUUGUUUCAUCAGAUGCAGCUAGCGCGAUCAAAGAGUCGUGGAGCUAGCAUUGACAGUAUGGACUCCACUCAGUCUGUCCCAGUGAGUGGGUCAAUCCGACAGUUUGACCCCCCUGUCAAGACAUCUUCUCAUAGCAUAGAGGUCCUCAUCCACAGGACGGCAUCCUUACCAAAGAAGGCAGAGUUUGGUGUGUCCAAUCCUGAGGCACGGAGGUCAAAGGGUCAGAAACAGAGCACUCAAAGUGAUGACGAGGGUUCUGACAAUGACUUAGAGCCUGCAGUGGAGGGUAUACUUGAUGAAAGAGUGUCUCAGUCUGAUAGGACUAUCAGAAGAGGGUCAUCGAAGAAAAAUAAACCUAUUCCAUCUAAACGAUUGUCACAAGAAAAGGCACGAAGGGAAGAAAAAGAUCCUUUGUACAUGAACAAUGCCGAUACAAAGAAAGAUCAACAACCUGUGUACAAGUCAUCAGAGGAAAACCCACAUGACUCCAUGGAGUCUGUGGAACAAAUGUUUGAUUUUACAAACUCAGAAGAAAGUGUAAAAUUUCCCAAUUUAGAACAAAUUGGUAGAUUUUCAAAGUAUGAGGAAUCUGAUGGUGGAUUUUGUUACGUAGAGGAAAUAAUUGAAAUUUCAGAUGAAAAGGAAUAUGUUAAAUAUCAUGGUGAUGAGGAAAUAGUUAUUAUAGACAGUUAUAGCCUUUCUGAUGAUGAGAAAAUGUAUUCAAGGGAGACAACAGAUCCUGAACCAGAAAAACCAGACAUGUUACAUGACCUUCCUGGGCAUCUGGGGGGUAGUGUAGACAGUGACCCUGCAGUACAUGUAUUCAAAUCCAACAGUCCUGUUCCAGACAAUCUGGAGGAAGACCUGUCCGUUGUCAGUGGAUACAAAGGCAACAAGAAGGAAAACAAAAAGCAUCCGGCACCUGCACCCCCGAAACCUUACCUUCCCCCAAGAACUGUCCCACCAAAAUUUCAUAAAAAUGAAAUUUUGAUAGAUUGGAAAGCAAACAAACCAAAGAAGUCAAGGAAAGCACCUUCUCCACCCUUACCUUCCGAGAGAUCUUCAACACCUCCCCUACCACAAAGAGCAACAUCCCCACUCCCUUCAUUUCACAGAUCAACACCUUCAUCGCCUCCUUUACACAGAAUCUCACCCCCACUUGUGAGUGUCAGUAAAAGAGCACCCCCUCCUAGACCACCCUUGCCAUCAGACCAUAACCCAAGUAACAGCAAGCACUCUGAUAUGCCUGUGAAUGGACAAAGAGAAAAGGUUGUUCCAUUUAGACCUCUUCCUCCCCAACCUCCGCAUCGAAACUCUAGUCUCUAUAGCAAUGGACAUCACACUGAAAUGGCUAUAGAGGACCAGUAUGCCAAGCCUGGGCAACGCAGGAGUCCCCCAGAAUCCCUGAAACUGGCCCAGGACUCCAACUCCCUCACUAGUCUCAAGGAACUCUACCAGAUGAUGGAAGAGGAUGAUGAGGCACCAGAGCCGAACAUCCAGGACUGGAGCCAAUGGUCAACUAGGAAUGUGGUCAAUAAAGGAGGUCAGAAUUCAAAGGAAGACAAUGUCGGUGACAAAGAUCAUAUAGACAAAAAGGUGAAACAAAGUGACCUAAGCCAACAUCAUAAGAUGCCCAAAACUGUUUCUUGGGAUUUAUUAACUUCCUCAGGUACUCAGAUAAACAAGUCUCUGUCAGAACAAAGCUUGGUUAUUACCUAUCUGUGACACUGGUUAGUCAGUGUGAAAACAAAACUUGGUUAUAACCUAUCUGUGACACUGGUUAGUCAGUGUGAAAACAAAGCUUGGCUAUUACAUAUUGUGACAGUGGUUAUUCAGUGUAUGAAAACAAAGCUUGGCUAUUACCUAUUGUGACACUGGUUAGUCAGUGUAAGAGAAAAGCUUGGUUAUAACCAACUGUGACACUGGUUAGUCAGUGUAAGAGAAAAGCUUGAUUAUUAAACUAAAGUAACCUACCUUUGACUCUGGUAAUUCCAUGGAAACUCAUGCUGGGAAACUUAAGGGGAAGUAACUUUAAAUUCCUAAAAUAUAAUAAUCAUGAUUGAUUUGGUGCUCAAUACGUAUAAAAUUGAUGUAAUUGUAGCAUUCAAAGAAUGCAGCUGUUUUGUGUUUUGUGAAGAUCAAUAUAAUGUGGGGUUUUUUUGUGCUGCUUAAGAUGGCAGAAUAAGUAAAUAGCUGUGUAAAUUAUCAUUGUAUGACAUAUGGAGUAUAUAUAUGUGUACUUAAUCUAUUCAUUCUGUUGUAGGCCCAUCAUUGUAUAGAUCUGUAGAGAACUUAACAAUGUAUGUUUCUGAUCUCCCCGAUUUGCUGCCUUAUAGUUUUACUGAUGGUUGGCCAUACAGUGAGAACACUAUUUUUUAUUGUUACUAACUGUAUACAUUAAGUGCUAAAUGCACAAUUCAUUAAAAAGUUCUUAAUUUGAUUAACCUGCCUUUUUUAGAUCUACUGUAUAACAUGAUAUGUUCGUUGUGUAUAAACUUUUGUUGUUUUCAUUGGAACCAUGAAUAUUAAUACAACGAGUGUUUCUACAACUCGAAAGAGUAUUCACAAUGAAAACGUGAAAAAUAUGUGAAGUUUAUUUCAAUCAAAAAUGUGCACACAAAAAUAUAUACAUUGUACAUGUGUAAUUUAUGAUCAUGUUAUAUCAAUGAAAAAAAGUAUGCAAAAGACUUCAAUUCCGAAAAUGUUGUAGAUUCUACUUAAUAAUAAAUGAAAUGAACUUUACUCUACCACAUCCAAGGAAAGUGUCAUAGAACCACGAAAGUUUGUACCCAUGAAAUCGUUUGAAAGAUCCAAACCACAAAACAAAGUGUACACGAACAUUGCAUGUUAUACAGUAUCUACCACCCUCAGUGAGUCAAGAGUGCUUAUCUGUAUGGUUUUAGUAACUUACAAAAUAACUUUAUGUGAACAUAAUUGAAAAAUGUAAAUUUAAGUAUUUGUAAUUAAACUCAACAUUGCAAAUCUUAUUUUUGUAUUGGUAUUUCAGAGAAAAAACAAACUAUUUAUGCAUCACUUGGUGUAGUGUUCUCUUGGUUUCUUUAGUUUGCAACCACAGUUACAACAUUUAAAACUUUAAAAAAAAUCAUAACAGAAAUUUCAGAUUACAUUGCUGCUAAAUGUUUCAAAGCAGGAAGAGGUUGUGUAAAACAUGACAUCAACUUCCCUUUGUUUUAGCAAAAAAUCAAAUGUCUUUUCGAAAAUAAUGUAUUUUUAUUUUUAGAAUUUAAGAAAAUAUUUUGCUGUUUAAAUUCCUGUGUUCAUAUGGUGCUUUUCAUCUGAGGGUGACUAGAAAAGUUAAAAUGUAUAUGCUUUCCAAUUGAAACUUGCGUGCUAUCUCGUUGAAGUAAUUUACCCUAAUUCUAUUCCUUAUGCUGACAUACAUAUACCGAACUGUUUAUAAUCUCAUUGAUAUUUAUCUCACAAUGAUGUGCAAUACUGUAUUUAUCCAGAGAUGUAUUUCAUCAUUAUUCAAGUCAAUGCUAAUGGUUCUCUAUCAGAUGAAAUAUACUGCUAUGUUCUACACCUAUUGUGUCACAAACCUUUGGUCAGGGUAAUAUAUGGUUAGGUAUAUAAAAAUAAUUUGAUAAAAAUGAAGGAUUUCCUUGAAUUUUCUGUGUAUGUUACUUUUCAUAAUGUAUCCCUUGAAUUGUCAUGAGAAAGGUCAGCUUGAAGGUAAUAAUAUUUGCAAAACAAUUGCCAGUUUGCAAAAGAUUUUUUUUUUUUGCAUGAAAUAACACAAGCAGAGCAGUUGAUUUAUACACAUGUCUAAAUUGCUUGUAAAGGGAGACAACCUGUAGUACAGGGAUGAAAUUUAACAGAAAAAUGUCAUUAAUUUAAAAAAGAAAUAAUUAAAAUACUGCCACUGAAUGGAAAAAAAUAAUUUCCUGGCAAUGGAUGUGAUUCCUGAUUCUAUUCCAAAUACUUGAAUCAAUCGAUAACUAAACGAUUAAUUAUGCUUAUAUCCGAGUUAAAUGAACACUAUUAAGAAUGCCGUGCCUUCAGCAUGCCCUGGCUACUACCGUAUGCAGAGUGGAACCUGGUUAGUCUUGAAGAGGGUUCUCUUAAUAUCAAGCACAUAGUAUAUCAGUUCUUGAUGUUCUUGAUUUAAAAUACUGUAUGUUAUUUUACUAGAUGAGAGGAGUUCUGGCUUUAAUGGAGAUAAUUCACACUAACCAAGUUCCACUCGAUUCAACAGCAAUACUAGACAUUAUGUACGGCUCAAUUUAAACUAACAUGUCUAUACACUUUUAUAUACUGGACACAGUUUAUCUAGGUUCAUUACAUUAAUGAUAAGUUAAAAUAAAUUUUAAAUAUUUUUUUUUUCUUUUUUUUUUUACUUUUUAGUCAAAUAAUAUAAAAAUGAAAACAUGACGUUCUUCGAAUUCAAACUGAUCACCAUCAGAUAAUUUAUACACAAAUACUCAAUUUCAAAUGUAUUUAAAAAAAAAAAAAAAUGAGUGAAAUUUUAUCUCAACAUAUCAUUAGGCUAAUUUUGAUGAACUGGUCCCAGGUUAUAAUAACUGACAGGGUUAUAUUGUUUAUGAUUGUGAUACAACUUCUCUUUAAUAUCUGUUGAUUCUAUUUGUCAACUGUUUCUUACAAACUCAUUAAAAUGUAAUGCAAAACAUA